AUGGACGUCAGUGGUACCACGGACGCCGCUUUCGCUGUCUUGUAUGAAGGCGAGUUGGUCCUAUCAAAAUACUUGAGACCGCUUGACCGAGGGAAACAGCUCCCUGUCGACGAGGAGAUCAUUUUUCAAUGCGCAGUGCUGACCAAGGCUAUCUUUUCUGCCGCAAUGGCUAUCUGCGUAGAAGAAGGUCUCUUCAAUUGGAAUACACCUGUUCAGGCUAUCAUGCCUAGCUUUCACACGCAAGACGAGAAGCUACAUCAACAGACGACUAUAGUGGAUCGCUUCUUAUAUCGAGCCGACAUGCAGUCAACGAUUUACUGA